AUGCUGCUCUCUUCUGGCUUCAGCGAGUUUCCACUUCAGAUGCUAUUUCUUUCAGACAACAACAUUACUGGCACGGUGCCGAAGGAGCUCGCUGAGUUGCCAGCACUGAGAAAGGUCGAUCUGUCAAAUAACAAUCUAUAUGGGAAGCUUCCUGAAUUUCGCAAGAAUGUGGAGGUGAUACUUGAUGGCAACCCAAACUUUGGCAAGCCUGCUCCUGCGCCUGGACCAGGUGGUAGCAGCAAUGACACUAAGCCUGGGGAUGAAAGUGGUGGAAGCAACAAGAGAUCCUCUUCUACCGGUGUCAUUGUUGGGUCAGUGGUUGGAGCUGUUGCUGUACUAGGCCUUAUUGCUGCAUUAGGAUUCUAUUGCUAUAAGAGAAAGCAGAAGCCUUCCGGAAGGGUGCAGAGUCCACAUGCUAUGGUCAUCCAUCCCAGGCACUCAGGGUCAGACCCUGACAUGGUAAAGAUCACAGUUGCUGGGGGAAAUGCCAAUGGUGGUGCGGCCACGAGCGAGCCAUAUAGCCAGGCAAGCAGUGCCCCCCGUGAUAUCCAUGUCGUUGAGGCUGGGAAUAUGGUCAUUUCAAUUCAAGUACUGCGUAAUGUGACCAACAACUUCAGUCAGGAGAACAUCCUUGGUCGUGGUGGGUUUGGCACUGUCUACAAGGGUGAGCUCCAUGAUGGUACAAAAAUUGCUGUGAAGCGAAUGGAGUCUGGUGUUAUGGGCAACAAGGGGCUAAACGAGUUUAAAUCAGAGAUUUCUGUGCUGACCAAGGUCCGUCAUCGGAACCUUGUGUCACUGCUUGGAUACUGUCUUGAUGGUAAUGAGAGGAUUCUUGUAUACGAGUACAUGCCACAGGGUCCAGUGAGCCAACACCUGUUUGAGUGGAAAGAACACAAUUUGCAGCCGUUGGAAUGGAAGAGGCGACUCAGCAUUGCGCUUGAUGUUGCAAGAGGUGUUGAGUACCUGCACAGCCUUGCUCAGCAAACGUUCAUCCACAGAGACUUGAAACCAUCAAAUAUACUUCUUGGUGAUGACAUGAAGGCCAAGGUGGCAGACUUUGGAUUGGUGCGGCUUGCGCCAGCUGAUGGGAAGUGUGUAUCAGUAGAGACAAGGCUUGCUGGAACUUUUGGAUAUCUUGCCCCCGAGUAUGCAGUUACUGGACGUGUGACCACAAAAGCUGAUGUCUUCAGCUUUGGUGUCAUUUUGAUGGAGCUGGUGACGGGACGCAGGGCGCUUGAUGACACACAGCCUGAGGAUAGCAUGCACCUGGUUACAUGGUUCCGGAGAAUGCAGCUCAACAAUGAUACGUUCCAGAAGGCGAUCGACACAAGCAUGGAGCUUGAUGAGGAGACCUUAGCCAGCGUUAGCACGGUCGCACAGCUCGCGGGUCACUGCUGUGCUAGGGAACCACAUCAGAGGCCCGACAUGGGUCAUGCCGUGAACGUGCUCUCUACUCUUUCGGAAGUGUGGAAACCCGCAGACCCAGAUUCAGACGACAGUUACGGCAUCGACCUGGACAUGACGCUGCCUCAGGCGUUGAAGAAAUGGCAGGCCUUUGAGGACAGCAGCCAUUUUGACGGUGCGACCUCUUCGUUCCUGGCGAGCUUGGAUAACACCCAGACCAGCAUCCCGACGCGGCCUCCAGGGUUUGCUGAUUCCUUCACCUCCGCCGACGGAAGAUAAACCCUGUUUGUUGGAAAGGGAAAGCCAGAAGCUCCGCUCGCUCAAAAUGAUCAUUCUGUUCAUUCAUUCCUUUAGCCUCUUCACCCCUCCUCCUCCCUCCCUGCCUUUUAAAUGUUGGUGGAUUUGGCCUUGUGCUGCCAUGCCAUGUUAGCUGUCCGUCGAUCAUGUAUGAUGAUGUGGUCUUUACUCGAGAAUUCCCUGGAAGUCUGCUGCGACUAACCGCUCGGUGCUGCUGCUAUUAUUGUUAGCUUUGAACCUAAGUAGAAGAUUGUUAGGGUUGUUGGCUUGUACUCAACAUUGAUCUGCUCCAUGAUUAAAUUGAUCCCUGUCAGUAUCCUCAA